CGGCGGGCUGGCGGCAUGGGCUCCCGGAGGGCCCCCAGCCGAGCCUGGGGCGCAGGGGGCCGGGCCUGGGCCCGGGGCGACCGCGAGGACGGCGGGCCCGUGUGGACCCCCAGCCCCACCAGCCGCAGCUACCUGCUCAGCGUGCGGCCCGAGACCAGCUUAUCAAGCAACCGAUUGUCUCACCCCAGCUCUGGAAGGAGCACCUUCUGCUCCAUCAUUGCUCAGCUAACAGAGGAGACCCAGCCAGUAUUCGAGACCACACUCAAGUCCCAGGCUGUGUCCGAGGACAGCGACGUCAGGUUCACCUGCAUCAUCACAGGAUACCCAGAGCCAGAGGUGACCUGGUACAAGGAUGACACAGAGCUGGACCGCUACUGUGGCUUGCCAAAAUAUGAGAUCACGCAUCAGGGCAACCGCCACACACUGCAGCUCUACAGGUGUCAAGAAGAAGAUGCCGCCAUCUACCAGGCCUCUGCCCGGAACACCAAGGGCAUCGUGUCCUGUUCAGGGGUCCUGGAGGUGGGCACCAUGACCGAGUACAAGAUCCACCAGCGCUGGUUUGCCAAGCUGAAGUGCAAGGCGGCGGCAAAGAUGCGCGAGAUCGAGCAGAGCUGGAAGCACGGGAAGGAGGCGGCCGGGGAGGCCGACACGCUGCGCAAGCUCAGUCCAGACCGCUUCCAGCGCAAGCGGCGGCUGAGCGGGGCUGAGCGGCCAGUGUCCGUGGCCCCCACCAGGGAGGCUGAGGACAGGACCUCGGCCGCGUGGCAGGAAGGGGAGACUGAGUCUAGUCAGCACCCGGGUUUAGGCCUGAUCAACAGCUUCGCCCCUGGAGAGGUGACCACCAAUGGGGAUGCUGCCCCCGAGAAUGGGGAGGACGGAGAUCACGGCCUCUUGACGUAUAUCUGUGAGGCCAUGGAGCUGAGGCCUCCGAGAGCUCCCCAGAAAGAGUGUGGGGCCAAGAAGAAAAAGAAAGACGAGGAACCGAAGCCAGGCCCGCGGAAGCCAGAGCUAGACGAGGCAGCUCAAGGCCACUAUUCUGAAAACUGUGUCCCCAGUUCAGACAAGCCCGACCCCUGUGGGACACAGGGGCCCAUGGCCGCAGAGCAGGUUCAGGCCUGGCGCAGAGGGGGGGCUGCACAGGGGCCCGGGUCAUCGGGAGCAGAUAGUAUCCGGAAGCCAGCCUCCGCUAUAGGCUCUUCAGACCAGGCCCAGAAGGCCCCAGCCCCUGCCCCAGGCCCAGACCAGGAAGUAUACUUCUCCCUGAAGGACAUGUAUCUGGAGAGCACCCAGGCCGUCAGGCCUCAGGGGGACGAGGGGUACCACAUGCAAAGUGGCAGGGAACCUGGAGAGACGCCCUCAGGGAAGGUGCCCAGCGAGGCAAAAGGCGAGAGGGGGCCUACUGCCCCGGGCCAGCCCAUGCCCUCAGCUGCUCAGCCAACCAGGCCUUUCAACAGGAAGAGAUUUGCUCCUCCGAAGCCCAAAGGAGAGCCCUCCAGCAGCAAGCCUGAUUCUUCCCUGAGUCAAGCUCCGGAACCCGGAGCCCAGAGCUUAGGAAAGGCUCCACCUCAGGCUUCUGCCCAGGUGCCGACGCCCCCUGCCCGGCAGAGACACGGCAUGCGGGACAGCCCCUUGCAGGGGCAGGCAGGCCGCAGGACUCCAGGAGAGGUCCCGGAGACCCAGGUGAUCAUGGCUUCUACCGUACCAGCCAACAGCAGUGCUGGUAUAGCCUCUGCUGGUGGCAGGACCCUCAGAAGUCAGGGCGUCGUUGAGCCCAUGGAUACAGAAACCCAGGAAAGUAGAACAGAUGCUGAUCAGAGACGUGGAGGCAAGAAUGCAGAGGCAGAUGGGAAGAUGCAGGUGGAUAGGAGGACACAGGACGACGGAACACAGACAACCCCGAGGAAUACUAAAGGAAUACAGGCAGACAGGAAGACGAAGGUGGACAUUGUGACAGAGUCCCAGGGAAGGGCAGGGACCCAAGUAGAAAGGACACAGGAAGACAGAAAGACACAGGUAGGUGAGAAGUCACAGGGAGACAGAAGGAUACAGAAAGACAGGGGGGCACAGUCAGAGGGGAGAGUACCCAUAGCCCUUAAAGUUCAGCCAGAGAAGUCAGUGACCAGCCUCAGCCCACAGUUGAGAGCCCCUGCACCCUCCCCUGCAGAGGGUCCCAGUUCUCAGAGUAUGGGGCGCUUUGAGCAGACCCCAGAAAGGUCCUCUGUCCCAGAGAAACCUGGCCUCAUGCUCAGAUCCGGGGAGGCAGCAGAAACAGCUUCUGGUAACCAAGAGGAGACUGUGCUGGGUCCCCUGACGGGGGACCUCAUGUUCCCAGCACAGCAGCUUCCUGAGGGUAGCUUGGAGCAGAUGGGAGGAGAGAGAUGUUGGGUGCCAGAGUGGUCAGGCCCGGUCAAGGACAAGCCAGGGGAUAGCCUGUUCCAGCGCUCCAAGGAGGAGCAGACGGGGAAAGUGUUGUCUGUGGAUCUGGGCGGCUGUCCUCCUGCUGGCCUGAGCCUGCAGGUGCCCACUCUGCCUUCUCCUGUGGACACCGGUCCGACUGAUAGCUCACAGCAGGGGCUGCCCAGCACCCCCAGUUCUCAGCACAUGAGUACAGUUGCCUUCUUGCCCUCUGGGGACCAGGCCUUGCUCAGUUCUUCGCCGUCACUGCACAUGGGGCUGGGGACCACCGCCCAGAGACACCCACCAGAAGCCAUGGCAGCCAGCAGCGAGGGGACCUGCACCAGGAUGUCGGAUGAGGAAGGGAAGCCCUCAAGCACCCAGCGCUGUGACCCUAGCCUCAUAGACUCCCUGAAGAACUACUUGCUUCUGCUGCUGAAGCUAUCCAGCACAGAGACAGGUGGAGGGGGCACAGAGUCCCAGGGGGGAGCUGCCCUCAGGGGUCUGGCACCCUCGCCCCCGCUGGCCCCCGCGGUGGAAGUGGCUGGUCUGAGUCCACAGACGUCGCGGCGCAUCCUGGAGCGUGUGGAGAACAACCAUCUGGUGCAGAGCGCACAGACCCUGCUGCUCAGCCCCUGCACCUCCCGCCGCAUCACUGGCCUCCUGGACCAGGAGGUGCAGGCUGGCCAGCAGGCCCUGGCUGCUGCCCGGAGCCCCGGCCCCAGCCCCCUCGCUGUCCCUGCCAUCGUGGUGGGUGAGGAGGAGGGCCCUGGGCUAACCUCGGAAGGAUCUAGUAAGGGUGAGGGAGAGGUUCCCCUUGAGAGGCCUGGCCUCCUGGGAACCCCCCAGGAGAGCAGCUUGGGGGGUCUUCUGGGAGAGACAGGUGGGCAGGGUCUUCUCUCGGCAGAGAGCAGAGCCCCGGAACCCUUCCAAGAGGAGGGGCUCCCACAGGAGGUGCCACCGGGUCUCCCCGCGGCCACCCCUGAGGAACUGGCUCUGGGGGCCCGGAGGAAGAGGUUUCUCCCAAGGGUCAGAGCAGCAGGGGAGGGGGAGGCAACCAAGCCUGAAGAAAGGGAGAGCCCCACAGUUUCCCCCCGGGGACCCAGAAAGGGCCUGUCGCCUGGGUCCCCGGGGACCCCCGGGCGGGAGAAACGCUCCCCUACGCAGGCCCGAAAGGCAGGCCUGCUGGAGGUGCCACGGGCAGAGGAGGACCAGGCAGCAGGAGACCUGGGCGCCGGCCCCAAGCCCAGUGCCCUGGAUGCCGAGCUGGCCCAGGAUGAAGACAAGCAGGAACCUCUGGCCAAGCCGAGGAAAGCCAAAGACCUGCUGAAAGCCCCACAGGUGAUUCGAAAGAUUCGGGUGGAGCAGUUUCCCGACGCCUCGGGCAGCCUGAAGCUCUGGUGCCAGUUUUUCAACAUUCUUAGUGACUCAGUCUUGACAUGGGCCAAGGAUCAGCGCCCCGUGGGCGAGGUGGGCAGGAGUGCAGGGGACGAGGGGCCGGCGGCACUGGCCAUCGUGCAGGCGUCCCCCGUGGACUGUGGCACGUACCGAUGCACCAUCCACAAUGAGCACGGCUCGGCCUCCACCGACUUCUGCCUCAGCCCCGAGGUGUUGUCCGGAUUCAUCUCCAGAGAAGAAGGUGAAGUUGGAGAAGAGAUUGAGAUGACGCCCAUGGUGUUUGCGAAGGGUCUGGCUGACUCUGGCUGCUGGGGGGACAAGCUCUUUGGGCGCUUGGUGAGCGAGGAGCUACGAGGGGGUGGACGUGGGUCCGGCCUCCAGAAGGCCUCCCAGGCCAAGGUCAUCUACGGGCUGGAGCCCAUCUUUGAGUCGGGCCGCACGUGUGUCAUCAAGGUGUCCAGCCUCCUGGUGUUUGGGCCCAGCAGUGAGACUUCCCUUGUGGGCAGAAACUACGACGUCACCAUCCAGGGGUGCAAGAUCCAGAACAUGAGUCGGGAGUACUGCAAAAUCUUUGCAGCUGAAGCCCGGGCAGCGCCUGGCUUUGGGGAGGUGCCUGAGAUCAUCCCACUGUAUCUGAUCUACCGGCCUGCAAACAAUAUCCCAUAUGCGACGCUGGAGGAGGACCUGGGCAAGGCCCUGGAGCCUUACUGUUCCCGGGAGUCGAGCUGGGCCGCAGCACCAGCACCGGGCAGCUCCGAGGCCAUACAGAAAUGCCAGACCUUCCAGCACUGGCUGUAUCUGUGGACGAACGGCAGCUUCCUGGUCACAGAUCUGGCAGGGGUUGACUGGAAGAUGACUGAUGUGCAGAUUGCCACCAAGCUGCGAGGAUACCAAGGCCUCAAGGAGAGCUGUUUCCCUGCCCUGCUGGACCAGUUUGCGUCCUCCCACCAGUGCAACACCUUCUGUGAGAUGCUGGGGCUGAAACCCCUCAAGGGCCCCGAGGCUGCCCACUCCCAAGCCAAGGCCAAAGGCUCCAAGAGUCCAUCUGCCGGCAGGAAGGGCCCCCAACUGAGUCCUCAGCCCCAGAAGAAAGGCCUCCCCAGUCCCCAGGGCACCCGGAAGAGCACCCCAAGUUCCAAGGCUACUCCUCCGGCCUCAGGGGCAGUCGCUACCCAGUUAUUGGGACAGCCUCCCAUCCAAGAGGGGGGCUCCAAGGCGCAGGGCAUGCGAUAGCCCCUACAGGAGGCUGGGGGCCUCCACCCAGCAGCAGACCAACAAGGAAGCAGCUCGAACCGAUGGAGACUUUCCCAGUACAGACUGACCAGAGAAGGUGUGCCGAGCGGGCGCCACUUGGGGGCCUCUCUGCGCAGCCUCUUCUCAGUCAGCUUCUCAUCACAUGACUUUGGUGCAUGGCACACAGCCCGUGGCCUCUCCUGGUGCACGUCACCAGGGCUCCUAGACCCCACAUCCAAGUGCCUGGGGGCAGAGGCCCUCCUUGAAGUUUACACUGGCCUCUGCUGGAGGCUCCCUGAGUCCUCUGCAUGAGUUCUGCACCUGACCCCUUGCCCCAGCGAGCCCCUGCCAUGAACGGUGUCUCUGGGGCAUGCAGGCCAGCACUUACCCUCUGCCCUUCGCUUGCCCUAAUCUCCCUGAUCUCAGGGCUCCGGGCUUCCUCCGCGGUGUGACUCUCAGGGUGUCUUCUCCCUCAGACUACUUCGCCUCAUUCACCUCAGCGUACCCUGCAACUAACCUGUCCCGGAGCCCCAUGUGGGUCCUUUCAGUCCAUGUGCGGUGGUCUUUGGUGACACGUGUUCUUGCUGUUUCUUCCCCCUUCACUCAGGAACUCACUUGCCUGCUCCCCAUGCUUUCGUGCACCCCACCCCUGGCUUUGAGCCCCGCUGCAGCCUGCUGCCUGCCCUUCGCUGACUCUGCUUGUCCCCUUGCCUGAUGGCUUUUCUAGCCUGACCCACCACCCUACCUCCAGGACCCAGAUGACGAGUAGACCCUCUGGCCUCUAGUCCACCCCAGUCCACUCCUCCCUACUUUCCCCAGGCCCUCUGCCUGUGAGGUGAGAACUGGUAUGAGGGCUGUGCCAGCAGCUGUGGCCAGAGGGAAAGUAUGGACUUCGAGGGACCCUGUGCUCCAUACUGAAGGGGGGGGGG